GGGCCCGCGGGGUGCUCGGCGCUGCUCCCGCCGCGGGGGCGGCUCCGGGGGCGGCUCCGGGAGGGGGCCGGGGCCGCCGGGGCGGGGUUUGCGGGCAGGGCCGCUCCCGGCCGCCCAGCCCGGCCCGGCCCAGCCCCGCUCCCGGCCAUGGCCCGGCGCCGCGCACGGCGGAGCCUCCCCGGCCCCGCGGAGCGGCUGCCGGAUGCCCCCGUUCCAGUGGUGCAACGGGUGCUCCUGCAGUCUGGGGCUGAUUUAUGCCAGUAAACCUUGCACGAUGCCUCCCAUCACGUUCCAGGAUCUGCCACUGAACAUCUACAUGGUCAUUUUCGGCACCGGCAUCUUUGUCUUCGUACUCAGCCUCAUCUUCUGCUGCUACUUCAUCAGCAAACUGCGGCACCAGGCUCAGAGCCAGCGGUUCGGGUACAAGGAGGUGGUUUUGAAAGGCGAUGCCCGGAGGCUGAACGUGCACGGGCAGACCUGUGCCGUCUGCCUGGAAGAUUUUAAGGUGAAGGAGGAGCUGGGGGUGCUGCCAUGCCAGCACGCCUUCCACAGAAAGUGCCUGGUGAAGUGGCUGGAGGUGCGCUGCGUUUGCCCCAUGUGCAACAAGCCCAUGGCGGGGCCGGCGCAGCCCCGUGCCGGCAUCGGCACCCUCCUGGACGAGCUGGUGUGAGCAGCCCCGCUCCUCGCCGGACAGAUCCUGCCAGGGCCAGCGCGGGACCGCGGCUCCUUGGGGCUGCCUGCACACGGCGUCGCCCAGCCCCGCGUGUCCCUGGGGGGGGAUCCGACGGUUCCUCUCGAAGGAUUCGGAAUUUCUGAGUUGGGGUUUUUAACUUGCAGGUCUUUCCUUUGUUUUGGGGAGGUUUGGGGUUUGUUGGGGUUUGUUUGUUUGUUUUUUACGUCGCUGGGAUGGCGUCACCCGUGGAGCCCCGUGACGCGGGGUGGGGGCUGUGUCCUGCGUGUCGUCGUCCCCCGCUCCCCCUCCUGUGCUGCACAAAGUAUUUUUGUACCUGAGCCCCUCCGGCCUCCCCGCGGCGGAUGGAGGGGGGGGGCACGGUUUGGUGUAAAACAACGAUUAAACGGACAAUUUCUCAGC